AAUCUGCCUUGUUCCGUGUGGAAACUUUGCCGGUCCGGGUGCAAAGUUUGAACUCCGUCUGCAAAACACCGCUCGGUUCUUCUUUCCUCCUCUGUCACGAUUCGGUUGAAAAAGGCACGAGGCGUCGCGAGUGAGGUUUAUUACGUGAAUUAUGUCCAGAUUAGCUCAGGAGUAGGUCGUAACUGAAGGCGAAAUCUCGUAUGAAUGUAUUGACUGGGCUAGCCAGUGCCGGUUAGCAUUGUUUUGUUUGUAUGUAGUGUUAGCUGUGUGUGUGUUUCUUCUAGCUAAGGAGCUCUCUCCCGAGGAGGAAAAUCAUGGCUUGUGAACCAAACCGCGCCCGUUUGCUGUGCAUGCUGUUGUUAACGUUCGGUUUUUUCGUGGUCGAGGUGGUGGUGAGCCGGCUCACGUCGUCGCUCGCGAUGCUCUCGGACUCUUUCCACAUGUUGUCGGACGUGAUGGCGCUGAUCGUGGCGCUGGUGGCGGUGCGUUUCGCCGAGCGCACCCAGUCCACCAACAAGAACACGUUCGGCUGGAUCCGCGCUGAGGUGAUGGGCGCCCUCGUCAACGCCGUGUUCCUCACCGCGCUCUGCUUCACCAUUGUGCUCGAGGCCAUCGAGCGCUUCACCGAGCCGCACGAGAUCGAGAACCCACUCGUGGUGAUCGCGGUCGGGGCCGCGGGGCUCGUGGUCAACCUGCUAGGGCUGUGUCUCUUCCACGGACACGCUCACUCACACAGCCACGGCAAGCCCAAGCACCCCAGGACGAACAUGAGCAAGAGCGAGCUGUCCGCUGACUGCGGAUCCGCCGGAGAGGAGACCAACAACCUGGUCGGUGGUCACGGGAGCCCGAACGGCGUGAACACGGACAGUAGAGGACCAGCUGAACUCUCAGCUGUGCAGCUGAACGGCGAGCUGGAGCAUGAGCACGAGCAUGACCUUGAGCACGAGCAUGAUGCGUCCUCGUCGUCCCAACUGAACAUGCGUGGUGUUUUCCUUCAUGUUCUGGGUGACGCACUUGGCUCCGUCAUUGUCGUGGUCAACGCCAUCAUCUUCACUUUUGUGUGGCAACCGUGUGAGCCGGGAACUACCUGCAACAACACGUGCACUGCCAACACACACUGCAGUGAUGACAACCCUCAACUUAACCACACACAACAGAACACCACAAGCACCCCUGUCUCUAUAGCGGGGCCCUGCUGGGUGCUCUACCUGGACCCGACUCUGUGCCUCAUCAUGGUCUGCAUUCUUCUGUACACGACAUACCCUCUCCUGAAGGAGUCCGCUCUCAUCCUGCUGCAGACUGUACCCAAGCAGAUCGAUGUCAGCCUUCUAAGCGCUCGCCUGCGCCAACUUGACGGUGUUCUAGCUGUGCAUGAGCUUCACAUCUGGCAGCUUGCCGGAAGUCGCAUCAUUGCCACGGCACACAUCAAAUGUCGAGACCCUGCUUCCUACAUGAGUGUGGCAAAGCGACUCAAGGCCUUCUUCCAUGACGAGGGCAUCCACGCCACCACCAUCCAGCCUGAGUUUGUCAUGGUGAGCUCUGAGUCGCACGCCUCGCUCUGUGAGCUUUCCUGUCGCACACAGUGUGCCGCUAAACUCUGCUGUCAAAAUGCCAAAGCCCCUGACAACAAAAGCGAAAAUGUGGAGAGUGGGAGCGAAGCUGAACCCCCCAUCUCCACCACUCUGGAUGUCAUCAGUGAGUCUCUGGAAAGCGAACCUAAAGUCCAAGUGGCUUCAAGGGACGUCAACAGAGAGUUGGAGUCCUCUUUAUAAGGAAGAACGAGUACAAGGAAUUCAUUAAUAAAGACACCAGAAAUUCUAAAUAUAUCCAAAAGGACCUGCACACUUGAUGAAUUAGAAAAUCAGAGCCAUUUGAGACAAAGAGGGACGCACCUAAUAUUGAGCAUCAGUAUCGAAACGCUGGAUCACAUUGGACACGUCAUCUGAACCCUUGCUGUAUUUUAUUCCAUCAACUUAGACUGAUCUUGCAUGUAAACAGGACAUAAUUCAUUUUUGUACACACCUCCUGAAAGAAGCUGGCCGAGGUACAGCUAGCUCGCUGUGAAGACGCGGUUCACUCUGCAGCUGAGUGAAACCACAAGCAAUGGUUGUUCUUUCUUUCCUAACUUACCAUUAUCUGAAAGGGAAUAAUGGCAAAAGGGGCGUGUACCUCCCCACACACACACACACACACACACACACACACACACACACACACACCCUUCUGUGGUUGAUGAAAACAUGGUAGUUACAUUGAGAAAAUGGCUGGUUCAAAUGGAACUUGUGGAUUUGUGCUUGAUUGGCAAAAGGUGUGACAACACUGGUGCUAGGAGAAGGAGCAUCGGCUUUAUAUUAUAAUUUAUUCAUUUAUUCAUACGUUCUUCUUCAGCAACCGCUGGUCAGGGCCUAAAAUGGUAUUGGUGCGUCCAUAGAGACAGAUGAGACAAGAGAGCUGUCUCUCGCUUUAACCAUGGAGUGAAUCCGCUGGAAAAAGAUUCACAAGAAAAAUCUCCUGAUUGCUGUUCUGACAAGUGAAACAAAUCUGCUCUGUGGUCCAAACACUUUCUACAUGAUCCUUACACGUACAAACACACACACACACACACACUCUGAACCUUGAGCCGUCACUGCCUGAUGGCUGGCUGACCUCUGAUCAGGCCUGCUGCUGCAUGUGUGCGUUGCAAGCGCCGUGUUUUGUGAAGCAUCGUCUAUGUCUAAGCAUGUAUGUGCGUGUGUCUAUGCAAAAAGCUUUUCGCGUUUGAGAACCUGCUGUGUCGUCAUUAUCUUGUGGAUCUAGUGCAACACACGCAUGCAAAAAUCCAGCUGCUGGCUCAAGUUUAAGGACUUUUCUUUUAUAUAAUGAUAAAUACAUAUUCUUUUUCCCUUCUGGAUACAUCCAUAAGCAAUUUAUUUCAUAAACAAAUAAUAAUUUAUGUGUUUAAUUUAUUAGAAAUAAUUUUGUUUUCCUUUCCAGAGACUUUUAUAAUAUUUAGAUUUUGGUAAUGCAUUUAAAAAAAAAAAAGUGUGGACCUCUUUUUAAAAAACUAUGCUGUAAGGUAGAAUAUUUUUACUAGUAUUUUAAACUGUGCUGCUGAGACUUGUUAUAUUUCGGAAUACCGUUUCGGCAAGCCUUUAAUGCUGAAAUGCAUUUUGCAAUCUUUUUGUUUCCUCAUUUAUGGGAAAUGCUGAUGCUUCCCGAGUCGUGGUGUUCUUAUCACAUGAGCAUGACUCACAAGAAUGUGCUGAAGCAUUAAACGCCAUGUUGAACAAUUCUGGAGGGUUCGGUACAAUGCUGAAGGGACGUUUGGCUCGGGUUUCUUACACGAUUGUACCUACAAUUCUUGCACGACCAAACUUCACUAGCUUAGUGGUAACAGAAUGACUGCAUUUUGAAAACUGGUUUUAAAGCGCCCUCACUGACUUCCCCUUGAUUGAAUCCAUGCCUCCAUCUUAAGAAAGUCUGCAUCACUGGAGUAGAUAUGAUCCAGUCUGAUCACUUUUUGUGUAAUCUGAUUCUGCUGAUGAAUUUCAACAAGCGCAAUAAAAUGCUUAAUAUUAUAAAACCGAACAGGUUUUAUUACUUUGGCCUUACCAUCUGUACAAGACAGCCAAUUAGCAUGUUAGCAAGUGGAAGUGAGAAAUCAACAAGUACAUCGCUUCAGCAACAAACUCACAAAAUAACCCAAAGGUCUCUCCUUUUCUCUGCUGAAGAAAGAUGGUUUUGCAAAAAUGCUAGUCCUUUCCUGGACCUGUUUGUGCUCUAAUGAAGGCUGACCAUGCUUCUACUCUACACCUAUACAAGUUACCAUCUUUUUUUAAACUGCCAUCAGGCUCUGGGGGUGAUGGUAAGACGAUCACAUUGUCUUAAAUUUACCGGAAAGUGGCUCUACAUCUAAGUGUAUGUCUUGGCUGAAAUGGAGGCUAGGUUGACUAUUCGUACGUGUUCAAAUGCAGCAUUAUGUCCAUUUCAAUAGAAAAUGCUAUCUGAUUCUGUUAUUCCAAACAGGACCACAUGGACUGCUGACAAAAACCAUUAUUAAUUCAUAUCCAAGCGUCGUACAUUGGAUCUCUUUCACUCUGUAAUCUCUAAAAUGAUAACCAGGCAUCAGUGUAAACCAGUUUGGAGAGGAUGAACAGCUGAUGUGUAUUAUGAUUAUGAAAACACCCACACUAUGAUAGCUUUGAUAAAAUGGCAUUACAUAAAGAAUAAAACAUGACAGGGUGUGGCGUUAUAGGGGAAAACAAAACAUUAACUGAGUUACUUUUAACACUCUGAAAUGGGUUAUUUAACUAGAAUAGCAUGCCACAGUGUAAGUUAUUCCUCUUGUGCCACAAAAAUCUGCUGACAAAUACAUUAUUUCAUUUAUUAAUGUAUGCCACAUUGUGCUAUUUAACUGUAAUCACUCUGUCACGAAGAUGUUCCGAUGGCAGAAAUCAUACUGACUGUUACAAAGUGCUGACACUGGAGACUCCUUCCAUAAAUAUUAUGGAAAUCAUAACCAUAUCAACAUUUUCAUUUGUUAAAUAACAAUGCUAUUUAAUGCUAUCUUUUUUGUGGAGCGUGUUAAUACUACUGUCUCUACAGAAAUUUGCUAAAAAUGACUGAAUUAAUGUAAACCUAUUAGAAAAAAAAUGUAACUUGUGUCAGCUCUGCUGUUAUCUGACAUUCUGACCAAUCAGAUUAGAGAAUUGAACAUUCAAAAAUACCGGAAUUGCACCAUUCAAGUGGAGACACACUUUAGUCCAUCAGCAGGACUGUUAGAAUCAGACUGUGAGGUUUACUUGAUUAUAUAAUAUUAGACUCGUGUAUGAAGCACUGGAUGUAAAUGGAUGUAAGCCUUGUACCUGUGUUGUGUGUCCUCUUAUGGCCACUCCUCAGAACACACUCCUCAACUUGUGCAGUUAGUGCACAGCCUUGUGAUGAUGGCAAAGUCAGGGGAAAGUCAACAAGGGCGCAUUGAGAACUAGAAGGUAUGCAGUAUAAGAUUUCUUUUAAUUCCAGUAAUGCCGAGCUCUGUAUACAGAGCAGUAAAGCAUCUCCACCAUCACAUAAUUCCAAGCUUGAUGAUUGGCCACAAUAAUUCAUAUCUCAUGUCACUUAUUUCCAUCUCAUCUGUUUAAGUAUGCAAACCAGAGGUUGUCCUCAUGCUGUAAUGCUUGAGCUGGUCUUAAGCAGUACCAAGUCUCUUGUUGAUGUCCUGCCACAUAAUAUAAAUUAAUGGAACAUUUUGGUCAGAAAUCAAAGGUAUACAUUUAUUUCCAGUUUAGCAUCAUGCAACACUGCAUGUAUUACAGUGCACCCGUUCCCUUAUUUACAUGAAAUGCUUUGUUAGUUGGUUAGUAUCUCAAACAGAAUUGUUUAUAUGUUUUCUGAGUCAAUUUACUCAGAGAAUGAGAAUUUAAUCACAUGCAUCUGAAAUUUGAUAGCUGUGUGUGUUAAUAUACAGGUGAGCUCAUUAUGUUUAAACUCCCAGCUUUUAGUGUUGCUCACUAUAAUUGUAUUCGAAUAAGAUGGUUACUCGAAAGUAUUCCCCCCCCCCAAAUCCUGCUUAUUAUUAUGUGGUAAUUUCAACAUUCAUGGAGCAUGUGCUGCUCAUUUUUGGAAAUGUAGUAGACAUUUAUCUUGGUCCACCAGAAGUAGUUUAAGUGAUCAUUACUUUGUUCAUUUUUGUGUGAAACCUUUCUAUGCUGCAGAUAUAAUAAUGAUAUUCAUGACGCACGAAACAACCAAAUGUAAAUGAAGUCCCUUAUCAUUUUUUGUUCAAGAUGAUGUCAAGAAGGCAAAAUAAUUUCUUCUGCAGCACAUAGUUUAUCACUUGUAUAUGAGGUAUGGCUAAAAAAAAAGCUUCACUUCUUUUUAUUCAUUUGGAUGUAUUCUCUUUUUUUUAAUGCCAUUCAAUCUGAUUUUGUGAUGUUUUGACGUGGAUGUGAGCUGAUUUAGACGUGCACUAUGCACAAUGCUAAACUGGAGGUUAUACCUUUCCCUUGUUAGCUACAUCAGUACAAAACAACUGAAGAAAACUUCAAACAUUAUCUUGUUUCGCUCUAAAUUUGUUUAAUUGCAAAAUUGUUCAAUUGUGUGCAGUUUUUUUGGCCAUAUUGCUGAAUUUGAACUUUAAGGGUUUGUUUACUAACACUCAAUAUUAGUAUAUUAUUAUUAUUAUUAUUAUUAUUAUUAUUAUUAUUAUUAUUAUUAUUAUUAUUAUUAUUAUUAUUAUUAAAGCUGUGGUUUAAUCAGUUCCACAACAUAUUGUGAUAUUUAUCAAGCACAAUAACUCAAAUGCUGUAUUUGGGAGGAGGUGUGUGUGUGUGUGUGUGUGUCUGAUGAAUAAGUUAGAACUGCCUUAUCUAAGAAGGGCACAUGAUCUUUUAGAUGUGUCGAAAAUGAAGACACCUUUAAGACCGUUGUCCUUAUAGGUCCGACCAAGUUCGUGUCAGAGAUGGUGCCAAAACAUGCUGCCUGUCCUGCCUGCCUCCUAAGGGCUAGUGAAGCCUUAAUGAUGUUGUGCACAUUAAAUAUCACAAUAUGUCUUAGAAACAGCAGCGACUAUUAGCGGUGACUGUGGAGUUAAUUUGGUAUGAUGAAACAUGGUUUCCAAAUUGCUUAGCAUACCCUUUGACCAUUCUUUUUAGUAUUUAACUAAUAAUCCAUCAAUGCAUUUUUUUACAUUCUUGAUGAGAACAUAUGCAAAAUGCCCUUGUGUUUGUACUUAAUAGUUACUCUGAAUUGUUUUUUUUUUUUUUUUAAACACAUGCACACACAUUCUCUUUCUAUAUAUUGUAGCUGUAAAGGAUUUAGGCUAGAACACACCAGCUGGAAUGUUUUUGAUAUAUUCAUGUUGGAUAUAUGUUAUUGUGAAUUAAACAUGGCUGUUCAGUA